UUCCAGCCCUCUCCCGAUGCUGCUCCGGGGGACUCAUGGAGAGGAGCCCUCCCGCUGAGGCGCGGCGCCUGCCGCGGCCCCCCAAGCAGCAGACCCAGGGCGGCCGCAGCCCUGUCCCGCUGGAGCGCCCCGAGGCCGCCCGCGGCCCCCACGCCGUCCUGGAGGGCAAGGUGAAGGCGCUGAAGGAGAAGCGGGGCGGGCGGCCGGGGACCCCCGCGGCUGCCCCCGAGCGUCCCUCGUCAAAGAAGCCGCGGCCCCGGCGGGGGAAGCCGGGGGCAGAGGCGGUGGAGCCGCGGGCGCAGCUCCGCACCUACCUGACGGACGGGCUGCUGGACGGGGGCGCGCCCGGCAGCGCCCCGGCACCCCCCGCCGGCACUCCGGAGCUCUGGAGGGUCCCGGGGCCCAGGGGAGAUGUGCCGGGAGGCGCCGAGCUCCCCCCGGACAAGGGCAGCAGGUCUUGGCACUGUGCCUCCCUCCAUGAGAGACCCUCCCUGGAUGAAGAGGCUCGAACCCCGCUGCGGGACCGGGGGCGUCCCUCUGUGCCCGCCCCCGCGGCGGAGAGCUGGGAGAGGCUCUCGCUGGCUGAGCGGGUGGAGAGGAACCGGCGGCUGCUGCAGGAGGUGCUGGGCCUUGCUGCUCCCGAGAUGCCAGCGAGCGAUGGGGACUGGGACUCGGGGGUUUCGCUGCAGGAUGCUGAGAGCUGCAGGGCCUUUGUCGCCGGGCAGGAGCUCGAGCUGAGCCCGCGGCACGAGCAGGCCAAACAGCUGCUGCAGCGCGCCCGCAUGAAGGCUCGGACGAACCCGCUGCGCGCCAGCCACGACAUCCUCCUCGUCCCCACCGCCGUCCCACAGCCCAGGGAGCCCAGCGGGAGGCCGAGCGUCGCCCCGCGGGACGGCGGGAGCCUGAGCGACUCGUCCAGCGGGGAGUCGAGCUGCGGGCGGCCGCGACGGUCGCGGGGACCGUCCCCGUCCCGCGUCCGCUUCGAGGACGAGUCGGCCCGGGACGCCGAGGUGCGGUACCUGGAGCGGCUGCAGCUGCGGCACCGGCGGGCGCUGGGCUCGGCGAUCACCUCGCCGGAGCCGGCCGGCAGCAGGCAGCCGGGGGACGGCGCUGGCCAGCCCAAAGCCCGCAGUGGCGACCUCGUGGCCGGCGGCAAGUGCAGCGCCUGCGGCUCCUUCCUUGGUGCUGCCGCCGGCCGGGGCACGGACACGCGAGCUGCCUCCGACCUGGCCAAAAGUAGCCCUGCGGCACAAAGAAGCGUCCCAGGGGAUAGCAGAGGGCCUAGCGCUGCCCAGACAGAGCCUAAAAUCAGGCCUCUGGGCCCCGGAGGGUCCCCGCUGUGGAUCCUGCCCUCCCGGCAGCGCAUCCACACCGAGAAGAUCAAGGAGACUUACAUCGGGGAUGUCACCUACAUCGACGAGGUGGACUCGGCCCUGGAGAGCACCGACACCUCCGACGGCUGCCGGACGGACAGCGAGGAGGCAGGACCCCGCAGCCCCCACCUGCGGGGGCACCGGGACCCCCGCACUCGCGGGCACAGAACUCCCCGCACUGCCCCGCAGCCAGAGGCGAGGGCCAGGAAGGGGACGUGUGUGGCCAGCGGUGGCCCCGAGGAUGGGGACUCGGGUCCGGGGCCUGUUUGCCCCCCACCACCGGGAAGAGCCAGCAGCCGGGAAGAUGGGGAACCCCAUCGACAUCUGGGGGGCAGCAAGGGAGUGGGGAACACAGCUCGCCCACCACAGCAGUCCAGCGAGCCCCUGGAGCCUUCCUCGCAGCUGAGGACCAGCACCCCCAUCCCAGGCACCCACGUCCCUGCUCCCCCUCCUACCAAGAAGGCCUGCGCCCAGGUACCUUGCAGGAAAGCCCUGUUCUCCAGCAGCAGCCGCCAGGCGCCGAGCCAAAGAGUCCGGGGCCCGGAGCCGGAUGCUGGCAGCGCAGCCCCACCGCAGCCCGGGGGCACGGCGGGGCCGGCCGAGCGGCGGAGUCCCUGCAGCCCCAGGUGGCUCCCGGGGAGCCCCCUCCGUGCCUUGUCCACCAACAACUGCAACAACACCCACGGGCAGGACGCCCCGGGGACGGGCAGAGGGACACUGUCACACCCCGCUGCCAGCCCUGUCACUGCCGUGCCCCCGGAGGCUGCUCAUCCUGCCGGGGAAGGUGCCGGGAUUUCGGGAGCGCAGCCACAGCGCCAGCCGGCCGGGAGUGCGGCGCACGGGGAGCCGGGACGGCCAGUGAGCCGCAAGGGCAGCAGCGCUUCGGCGUCGGGGCUGAAGAAGCUGCUGUGCAGCCUGAGCCAGAGCACCAAGCAGCGCCUGGGCCGCUUCCGCUGCUACAGCAUGGAGCAGCUCCCAGCCCCCGGCGGCUCCCCACCAGGCAGCCCUGCUGUCAAGAAGUCACCGUCCCUGCAGUCCCUGCAGCUGGUGUCACCCUUCUGCCAGCCCCAAAAGGCUGCCUCUAUCCAAAGCCUGCAUCCCCAACUGGGAAAGGCACCCCGUGCCAGUGCCUACCUCCUGCCCCAGACCACGGCCGACAGGAAGGGGGGCUCAGGGCCGCAGCGCUCGCUGAGCGUGGAGGACAUCGGGGCGCCCGGCCAGCUGCGCGCCGUGGGGCGUGUGGUUGAGGUCUUCCCUGAUGGCACCAGCCAGCUGGAGCUGCAGCGACCCCCCCAUGGCGUCUUCGGGUUCUCCGUCACCUCCGGCCACGGCCGGCCUGACACAGGUGUCUACGUGCAGGAGAUGGCGGAUGCUGGCACGGCCAAGCUCUACGCGGGGCUCCUGGGCGUGGGGGACGAGAUCCUGCAGGUCAACGGCGCGGCCGUCUCGGGGCUAGGGCUGGCGCAUAUCCGCGAGCUGCUGCUGCGCGCUGACAGCCUGUCCCUGCGCGUGCUCCGGCACCGCCCGGCGCCGCGGUAGCCCUGGCACGGCUCCUGCCAAGCCCGGCAAGAGGAAGAGGAUGUCCCAGUGGUGGGAGAAGGACCAUGUCCCACUGAUGUCCCAGGAGGCUGCAGAAUGGCACGGACCAAGCUGCCUCACAGUGCCAGGACCUGCCCGGCUCUACUGCAGUGGGGGCAGGUGGCUUUCCGUGUCCCCCUGGGAGUGUGGGACCAAGGACUCCCCCAGAGUAUCCAGGAGCUGCCCAGGUGUGGGGGACAGGGGACAGCCUGGCCCCAACAGAGCCAUGUGGGUGCAUCCUGCUGGGCACCGGGGUGACCAGCAUGGGGACACCCCAUCUCCGUGACCCCAGGAGCCAGAGGGCUUCCUGCCAGCACUGCCACCUUGUGCUGGAGGGCUGGUGGGGCUCUUUUAAAUUAUUUCAAACUGAAACCCAAAAAUACAUCUCUGCAAUAACAAAACAGUGCCCUUGGCUUGUGGCAUGGAGGGGCUGGUGGUGCUUGUGCCCGUGGGGCCUUUGCUACUUGUUUUUUCACAUGGCCCUGCUGCUCCACCAGCCAUCUCCUGACCAUGC